AUGUUUAUCAAUAGUUCCAGACUCGACUAAACUUAAUACUCGCAAUUAAAUUAAACUAGAAUUAAAAUAGAGGAAAUCAAAUAAAAAGUUGAUUAUGCUAAGGAUGAGAAACUCAAAGAACAAGUCAAAAAGAUCUUGGAUGAGAAGCUAAAAGAAUAUGGACUAGUUAAAAAUAAGAUUAUCAUUACAGAGAUAACAAUCCCUGAUAAUUAUUUUCAAGAAAAAAAGAACGUUUAUAAUAAGGGUUGUCUUAACUAGUAAUUUUUAUUGAUAACCUAAGUUGGAAAGAAGAACCUGAGGGACUAUUAAACUUUGACGAAUUUCAACCUUAAAUUUGAUCGUAUUACAAUUUAAUUAUUCAUAAUAUUUAACAAUUACAUUCUUACUUUCAAUAUAAUUAAGGAUAUAGUAUAUUCAAUAGAUUGA